AAAGAAGUCAGUUGAAAAAUUGAAGUAGUCGGGAGAGUAACGUAUCGAGGAUUAAUUUGGUAGAAAUAUAAUGAUUAUAUCUUAAUUAAUUAAUGAAAAAUUUUGGAGGUGAUAAAAUAUUAGUGAAAAUUAAAUGAAAGUGAUUAAUAUUGGCUUUAAGUAGAGCAAUAAUGAAAGUUAAAUUCUUCGGAAAAGAUCAUGUACGAGUACUUCCAUAAAUUUUUUUAAGUGAGUUUAUAAUCUCUAUCUCUGCAAGGGGAACCAACAACUAAAACCAGAAUUUUAAACUACAAUACGGAAGUAAACGAUACAUUAUAAUUUGUACUCUUACUUUUGUUGUUGUUGUUGUUGUUGUUGCUGUUUAUGCAAUUUGAAUAGAAGUUAAAUCUCGUGCUAAAACGCAUUCAACAGUAUCAACAGUCACGUUAUCCAAACAAUAACAUCAGCAUACAUACAUAUUUGAACGUUAUUCACAAUUGAUAACAGUGGCAAUGACCCUAACUACUGCUACACAGCAAGAAAGUAGCAAAAAAAUGGAAGUCAAAUGCCCCACAGAGGAGAAUUUGCCUACUUCUGAAAUGACUUUGCUUGCAAAGUUGGAAGCAGCAAACAAACUUAUUGAAAGCGAUGCCAAAAGUCUAAAUUCCCUACACUCAACACACAGUCGCAAAAACUCGGAUACAAGCCAAAUCAGUCUCAACUCAAAUGGCAAUUCGUCUGCUGCUGAAGAAGACGUUUGGACAACAUGGGCCACAAUAAUCAGCGAUUGGGAAGGAGCGUUAAAGCGUAAAAAUCCAUGCGUGCGUGAAUUGGUACGACGGGGUAUACCACAUCAUUUUAGAGCAAUCGUUUGGCAAGAAUUAUGUGGUGCUGCCGAAGCUGAUAAGAAACAAUAUGCUGAAUAUAUUAAAGCAACAUCAGCUUGUGAAAAAGUCAUACGACGUGAUAUUGCACGCACCUAUCCUGAGGUAGAUUUUUUCAAAGAAAAAGAUGGACCUGGACAAGAGGCGCUCUUUAAUGUUAUUAAAGCCUAUUCGUUGCAUGAUCGCGAAGUAGGCUACUGUCAGGGUUCAGGUUUUAUAGUUGGAUUGCUCUUAAUGCAGAUGCCCGAAGAAGAUGCUUUUGCUGUCUUAGUUCAAAUCAUGCAACAACAUCGAAUGCGCGAUAUGUUCAAACCAUCUAUGUCAGAGUUAGGACUUUGCAUGUAUCAGUUAGAGAAUUUAGUGCAAGAACAAAUACCUGAAAUGCAUAUACAUUUCCAACAACAAGGAUUCCAAACAACAAUGUACGCUUCCAGCUGGUUCCUCACUUUAUACACAACUAGUUUAAACCUUAACCUCAGUUCUCGCAUUAUGGAUGUGUUCCUUAGCGAAGGCAUGGAAUUCAUUUUCAAGGUAGCAUUAGCUUUAUUACUUUUGGGUAAGGAAACACUACUCUGCCUUGAUAUGGAAGCUAUGCUUAAGUUCUUUCAAAAAGAGCUUCCGGGACGUGUCGUAGCUGAUCCAGAGGCUUUCUUCAAUUUGGCACAUUCCAUUAAAAUAAACACGAAACGUAUGAAAAAAAUGGAAAAGGAAUAUCAAGAUUUAAAGAAAAAAGAACAAGAGGAAAUGGUUGAACUUCGUCGUCUAAGGCGUGAAAAUCGUUUACUUAAGCAACGUAAUGACUUACUUGAGGCUGAGAGUGCGGAACUGGCCGACCGUUUAGUACGUGGCCAGGUAUCACGUGCUGAAGAAGAAGAAACCAGUUAUGCUAUACAAACAGAACUUAUGCAAUUAAGACGAUCUUUUCUAGAAGUUUCACAUCAAUUGGAAAACGCAAAUGAGGAAGUGCGAGGAUUAAGCUUGCGUUUACAGGAAAAUAAUGUUUCGAUUGAUAGCAAUAAUUCUCGUCAAUCAUCAAUCGAUGAACUUUGCAUGAAAGAAGAAGCUUUGAAGCAGCGCGAUGAAAUGGUGUCAUGUUUACUGGAAGAACUUGUUAAAGUACGUCAAAGUUUAGCCGAAAGUGAGGAUCAAAUACGUAACUUAAAAUCUAAAAUUGAAGAACUUGAAGAAGAUAAAAAGACAUUACGUGAGACUACACCCGACAACUCAGUUGCUCAUCUCCAAGACGAACUGAUCGCAAGUAAAUUACGCGAAGCUGAGGCAAGCUUAUCUCUUAAGGAUCUCAAACAACGUGUACAAGAACUCAGUACACAAUGGCAGCGGCAACUACAAGAGCAUAGAAGUGACCACAAUGCUGCUCCAGUUGAUUCGACGCCUAAAAAACUACUUACCAAUUUCUUUGAUACAUCAAAAACAAAUGAACACACACAAAGACUUGAAGAGGAAUUGAUGACCACACGCAUACGUGAAAUGGAAACAUUAACAGAACUUAAGGAAUUGCGUUUAAAAGUUAUGGAGUUAGAAACUCAAGUACAAGUAUCAACAAAUCAAUUGCGUCGUCAAGACGAAGAAAAUAAAAAGCUCAGAGAGGAACUGGAAUUGGCUGUUAAUCGUGAGAAGGAAAUGUCUAAUAAAGCACGUGAACAGCAACACAGGUACUCUGAUUUAGAAUCUCGUAUGAAAGAUGAACUCAUGAACGUGAAAAUUAAGUUUACUGAGCAAAGUCAAACAGUAGCUGAAUUAAAACAGGAAAUAUCACGUUUGGAAACAAAGAAUUCCGAAAUGCUGGCAGAAGGUGAACUGCGUUCGAAUUUAGACGAAGAUGAAUCUGAAAAAGUACGUGACCUGCAGGACAGGCUAGCUGACCUAAAAGCAGAGCUAAUGGCACUAAAAAGUCGAGGCAAAUUUCCAGGCACAAAACUACGUAGUCCCUCGAUACAAUCGAUCGAAUCGACUGAAAUUGAUUUUAACGAUUUUAAUAUACGCAGAGAAAGCACAGAAUUAUCAUCAUAAUAUAUACUGAAUUAUUCUCACUAUCAAAGCGUUGAUGAU